AGGAUGGGUGCCCUUACGGUUGCAAAGUUACAGUUGCAAAGUGCGGAUGAGGAAGGGAAAAAAGUUUACGGUAGAAAAUUAUCCGGAGAAAGGGAAGAAAACAGAGUGAAGAAAUUACAGACCGGCUUUGGAUGAGAUACAGUCGAAGUACGCUGGUUUUAACACUGCGGGCGGUCUUCCGCAACCAUGCAGACCCAUUCCGGCCACUCCCCUCCCCUCCUCUCCGUCCCUUUUCCUCCCAUCACUCCUUCUCCCUCCUCCCUUAUCUCCCUCCUCAAGCUCUCCAGCUCCCUCCAUGGCGUCCGUCAACUCCACGCCCUCGCCAUCAAGACAGGCCUCUUCCGCGAUCCCCUCGUCGCUGCUGAAAUCCUCCGGUCCUCCGUCCUCUCCCAGCGCCGCGACCUCCGCUACGGUCGCUCGGUGUUCGACCAAAUGCCCGAUCCCAAUUGCUUCUCCUGGAACACCCUCAUUCGAGCUUACGCUGAGAGCGAAGAGGCACCCUCCCACGCCCUCGCCCUCUUCGCGCAGAUGCUCCUCUCCAGCACCACCACACAGCCCAACCAGUAUACCUUCCCGUCAGUGUUGAAGGCUUGCGCUUGCAUUCAGGCAGCUGAAGCAGGAACGCAGAUCCAUGGCCAAGUUGUCAAGCUCGGUUGGAGCGAUGACGCUUUUAUUCUUACCAAUUUGGUAAGGAUGUACUCGUCUUGUGGGUUCAUGCAAGAUGCCUGCAAGUUAGUUGACAGCUCGUUGUUGCCUGACGCCGAUGCCAGUGUCGUCUUGCAUAACACUCUGAUCGAUGGAUUUUUCAGGCUUGGCAUGGUUGAACAAGCACGGCAAUUGUUUGACAGAAUGCCAAACAAAAGUGUCAUUUCUUGGAACGGAAUGAUAUCCAAGUAUGCACAGAUUGGUUUGUUUAAAGAAGCCAUCGCUCUUUUCAGGAAGAUGCAAAUGGAAGGCAUGGAGCAUAAUUUUGUCACUCUUGUUAGUGUUCUCCCUGCGAUUUCGCAUAUGUGUGCCCUUGAAUUGGGUGAAUGGGUCCAUGCAUAUGCCGAGAAGAACGACAUAGAAAUAGAUGAUGUGCUCGGGUCUGCCCUCGUCGACAUGUACUCCAAGUGCGGAAACAUUAACAAAGCGAUUCAGGUAUUCGAACAGCUACCGAAGCACAAUCCUAUUACAUGGAGUGCUAUGAUUUCAGGGCUAGCAAUGCAUGGUAGGGCAGCAGAGGCACGAGAUUGUUUUCAGAGGAUGGAAAAAGCUGGAGUAAUACCAACUGACAUUGUUUUUGUUGGAGUUUUGAAUGCCUGUAGUCAUGCAGGCCUGGUGGAAGAAGGCAAGUCAUACUUCAGAAGAAUGGUAAAUGUGCAUGGUCUAAGACCCAAACUCGAGCACUAUGGUUGUAUGGUUGAUUUGCUCGGUCGUGCGGGGCUUCUGGAAGAGGCUGAGGAGCUUGUGCUUAGCAUGUCUGUGAAUCCAGAUGAUGUUAUUUAUAAAGCGCUGCUAUCAUCUUGCAAAAUGCAUGGCAAUGUUGAGAUCGGAAUGAGAGCUGCCAAGCGCCUUAUGGAGCAUUUCUCCUCAGAUGGUGAUUCAAUGGUUCUUUUAUCGAACUUCUACGCUUCCUUAGGGGACUGGGGUACUGUUUCCCAGGUGAGACUGAUGAUGAAGGAACUGGACAUAAAGAAAGAUCCAGGUUGCAGUUGGAUUACAGUAAAUGGGAGAAUUCAUGAGUUUGUUGUAGAAGACAAUACCCAUCCACAGAGCCGAAAGAUCCAUUUGAUGCUAGCCGAGAUGGCUGAUAAACUACAUGAGGCUGGAUACGUACCAGAUACAACACAAGUCACGCUAAAUAUUGAGAAAGAGGAGAAGGAGAGCACACUUCUCUACCACAGCGAGAAGAUAGCAAUUGCUUUUGGCUUGAUCAGCACCAACCCCGGCACCACACUGCAUGUGGUGAAGAACUUACGCAUUUGUGGGGAUUGCCAUUCCUCAAUAAAGCUUAUCGCAAAGGUAUAUGGACGGAGAAUAAUUGUGAGGGAUCGUAGUCGAUUCCACCAUUUUGAGGAAGGACUUUGCUCUUGCAAUGACUACUGGUGAUAGCUCAAUUUUCACAGAGAUAGCAUUGGCACCGCUCUUAUUUCGGCAUUUCUUCAUGGGAGGCAAUGCUGUUCUCAGCAAUCUGUUGUUUAAGCAACAAGUCGAUUCAUUCAGUGGUUAAUCACAAACGUAUGCUUCAUCACUAGCUUAUUUGCCAUGAGAUCAACCCUAACAAAGGUUCUGUUGUCUAGAAGGAAAUGUCGCCUAAUUCAGUUGCAACAUGCCCUUUCAUCACCCAUAACAGGUACAACUGUGAGAAGAUAUACACAAACUGACGUUCCUGUGAAUGUACAUGUUGCCUACCACUAAUUAAAAACUAAGUAUGCAACUCCUUCCUCGAUCACAGUGGAGAAGAAGAGCUUGA